AGCCCCCGGCGGGCGAUGGGGGACCGGGAGCGCAACAAGAGGCGCUUGCUGGACCUGCUGCGCGCGGCUGGCACCGGCAACGGGGUGUGCGCGGACUGCGGGGCGCCAGAUCCUGACUGGGCCUCCUACAAGCUGGGGAUUUUCAUCUGCCUGAAUUGCUCCGGAGUGCACCGGAACUUCCCUGAGAUUAGUAAAGUGAAAUCGUUCAUGACACGAAACGGAAACCUCUGUUCCAAGGCAAAAUAUGAAGCAAAAGUCCCUGCUUUCUACUACAUCCCCCAGUCUGAAGACUGCCUGGUCUUAAAGGAGCAAUGGAUCCGAGCCAAAUAUGAAAGACAGGAGUUUGUGGCUGGCAGCCUCACCUGGACCAUCUCUGACAACCGAGAAGGGCUCCUAUGGAAACGGGGAAGGGACAAUGGGCAGUAUCUGAAGAGGAAGUUUGUCCUUUUGGCAAGAGAAGGCUUUUUGAAAUACUACACCAAAGAAGAGGGAAAAGCACCCAAAGCCAUCAUCAGCAUAAAGGACUUGAAUGCCACAUUUCAGACAGAGAAGAUAGGAAACCCCCAUGGGCUGCAGAUCACCUACAAGAGAGAUGGCCAUACCAGGAACCUCUUCGUAUAUCAUGAGAGUGGGAAGGAGAUAGUGGAUUGGUUCAAUGCCCUCCGAGCCGCCCGUCUACACUACCUGAAAACAGCCUUUCCUGAGCUCCCAGAGUCUGAGCUCCUGCCUCACAUCACCAGGAAUUACCUCAAACAAGGCUACAUGGAAAAGACUGGCCCAAAGCAGAGAGAAGCCUUUAAGAAACGGUGGUUCGCUCUUGACCCUCAGGAGAGGAGGCUGCUGUAUUACAAGAACCCAUUGGACGCAUUUGAGCAGGGUCAGGUUUUUAUUGGGAGCAAGGAGCAUGGGUAUGAGAUCCAUAAUGAACUCCCGAAGGGCAUCCGGGGGAACCGAUGGAAGGCUGGCAUCACCAUCAUCACCCCAGAGCGAAGAUUUGUCUUCGCCUGUCCCAACGACAAGGAACAAAAGGAAUGGCUGGAGAGUUUACAACACGUCCUGGCCCUCCCCAUGACUGCCCUCAGUCCUCAUGGUAAGACCCACAAAAUCAUAGACGUCCACAUAGAGCUAGAGGGGGCCUCAGAAGCCAUUCGGUCCAAUCUCCAUUUUACAAGUGGAGGAAACUGCGGACCAGGGAAGUGAAAUUAUUUGUUCAAAGUCACACAGGCAACAAAAUGUCACGUUUGGAUUUUUUUCUUAGAAUUUCCUUCCAGCCACCUGGGGACUUUCCCAGGAUGCCAGGACACUAAACGAGGUCAGGGUCUCUGCCAUCACUGCUGUUUCUCUUGUUCUGUCCCUGAAAAGUACAGGUCCCACCCCUCCAGAGGAGUCAAUGCUGCUCAUUCUGGAGGAAUGUCACCACCACUGACUCAAAGGUGGUUGUUGGUCCCCGCCUUUCCCAAUCCACCAGAUCUCUGGUAGAAGGAAAACUCA